AUGAAAGAGCUCCUGAACCUGUAUGCAAGCGAAAGUAAAGGCUUAAGCGAACACAACUAUGGCUUGGUUAACAGGUUUGUAAUGGCCCCUCGGGAGAGGAAUGAAAAGUGGGGUGCCGCUGACCAGGUUAGGGAGGAAGAAGAAGAAAAAGAAAAAGAAAAAGAAGAAAAAGAAAAAGAAGAAAAAGAAGAAGAAGGAGAAGAAAAGAAUGAAGACGCAGGGAAGGAAGGGACAAAUUUUAACCAGGCAAAGGAAGUAGACACAGAUGAUGAUUGUUAUGGAGAAGACGGACUAUUGAUAAAAAAAAUAUGCUAUCGUAACGAUUUAAAAUACUACAAUUAUUACAUUAACAAUUUUGAAAAAAUAAAAAACAUCAAAGGUAUAAAGGACAGAGGAGAAAAUCGAAUUUGCGUUUUAAUCCUUUGCCUAAAUUAUAUAUACUGCAAUUUAAAUAAUGAAAUCAUGACCAUUCAUGAAUUGAAAAGGCAAAUAAAAAAAAAUAUCACCAAGACCAGAGUUUAUUGCAAAAACUUAGCCAAAAUUUUGUUUAUCAUAUGUGAUAAAUUACAAAUAAAAAAUUUUACAAAAAAUGAUAUGUUGCCAUAUAUGGAAAAGUGCAUUACUACGAUAAUUAAGAGGUUGAAAUUUUUGGAUGAUAAUGUGGGACGUGAGGCGGACCUCCCCCAUGUGAGUAGGAAGGCGAACAUUUUUGAUGACAUUUUCGAUUUUAUAAAUAAUGGCUCCAGUGAUGACUUUGCGCUCAAGGAGGAAGGGGCACUAUUCGGUGAGGUAACUGCAGAUGGGGAAGAAGUGGGGGAGCUUUCCCAGUCGGACAAUCUCUUCUCAAGGGGAACAAGCAGAGACAUCCAUGGUGAGGAACCCGCGCACCAAAUGGGCCACGCAGAGGAGGCGAACGUGGAGAACGAGACGAAUGAGUCGAACGUGGCGAACAUGUCUAACUCGUCGAACUCGUCGAACGUGGCCAAUCGUGUGGGCACUAUCCAUGGUAGAGAGACGCCUGAGGGGGAAGUAAACAACAUGCUAGACAUUGCUCUAGGUAAGGAAUGCCCUACGUGCAGUUCGUCACCUACGCAGAAUGCAUUCGAGGGGGGGAUUCCCCACGCAUGGCUGAACGACACAGAUAAUACACGGAGUGAAAACUGCAGUAUCAGCGGGACAGAGGAGAUAAAAAGAAAAUCCAAAAUGCAGAAGAGAAAAAAUGAAAAAAAUGAUGGCAAUGAAAGGAAAAGAAAAAACACAACAACGUCGAAAGAAGUAACAAAAGAUAUAGACAAAAAUGUUAUGAUCGAAUUUUUGGAAAAAAAUGUAACCCUGCUGUCCUUAUACUCCUGCGUGGUAUACUCCAUAUUCAUUCUUUGGAAUCGAACUGAAAAUAUGGAUACCAAUUUGUACAACAAGGAGAGUAGAAAGUCCGGUGGGAAUUUGCAUUAUUUCCUGUGCUCAUCCAUUAUCAUCACUUUUGAUAUCUUCAAUAUAAAAAUAAAAGACCGUUUUGUUUGUUACUGCCUAGGUGUUGUCCAACAGACGAUAACGACGGAAAAGAAAAAAAUGCUGAAUUUCUUUUUAACCACGUUUAGUGAGUUCCUUGGAUUGAAUGUACCCUCCAUUCAGGCAGUCCCCCUAUUCAUGCGCAUCCUCUUUAGCAAUUACAUCCUCCUGCAAAUGUACCUAUUUUACAUCAUACAAAAUUAUCAGUUGAUAAAAAAAGAGGGCUUCCUACUCGCGAUAGAACAGUUGCAAAUCUUUUUAGCGAAACUGUUUGGGAUUAUUCAACAGAAAUUUUUAAACGUAGCAGAUAUUUGUGUAGAUUACGACUUGCUCCUUCGAUCAGAUUGGGUUUGUAAGAACGUUGUGCAGGUCGUUUCGCAAAAUGAGGACCUUUUAACUGUGAAGAAGUUGUUAAAAGAGUUAAGCAAAAAUUACCCAAAGGAGCAGGAAAGGAAUACUCGGAGUGAAUACAGUUUUGAGGAGUCAUAUCAGAUAGACUUGAACCAUAUUGAUUUAUACAUUCCUCGAAUUUUAGCUCACUGCUUAGGUAUUUGUAAAGGGGAAGAAAUUCCUCCAACUGGUAAUCUCCUUCCAUGGGUUUCUGUGGGGGAAGAAAAGACUGUCCUGGAGCAUCACCACAAGAAGGGGGAGGAAUUGGGAAGUGCGAUCGAGGUUAAGUCGUCAUUCCAGGACAUAACUGCAUAUGGGGAAGACUCGUUUGAUUAUGAGAGGGAUGUACGCGAUGAGGAUGGAAUCGGUUCAAGUGCCUCCCUGAAUGGUAGUAAUAAGGGGGAGAAGGCCGGCUCCAAUACGCACGACGAAGCUGCAUGUAGCAGUGCCGAGUGCUGCAUCACCUGUGGCAGCACCACAUGCGACGGACCAACACGAAAUAGCAGCCCCAAGAACACCCCCUGCACAUGUGAACACAGAAAAAGCCCCAACAGUGGAGUGAAGAAGCAGUUGGAAGAUUGCCUAGAGGAAAACAAAGUAGAGAGCAUGCACAUGGCCGAUUUUGCAAAAGGGGAUACAUUAAUAAGACAAAGUGAAAGUGCAUCGCUGGACUUCUUCUCCAGCUAUAUAAAAAUUUUAAAAAAAAUAAACCUACAAAAUAUACACGAAAUGAACAUGGAAAUAAUUCCAUUUUUUUACGUGAAGAUAGUUGUGCAGUUUUUAUUUUACAAUGUUUUGAAGAGCAUUAUUUACAAUUGUUACUCGCUGAGUUUUUUCAAUCUCCAUAAUUUGCAUCGGUCCGUUAGUACCAGGAAAAACGCAAAAGAGGAUUCACGCGUGUGUGAAGAAUUGCAAAAGGGGGAGCUUCAUGAUAUGCCCAUUUUUUUAAAAAACAAAAUUGCCAGUAAAAUCAAAGAAAUGAAGGGGAAAAAACACACCUUCGAAAAAUAUAUAAUUUGUGAACAGCCCCAAUACAUAGAAAAGUUUCAAAAUUGUAAAUUGUUUGGAGACGAUGCGAGGAAAUUUUUAAUUGACCAACAUGUUAAAUUGCAGAGUGUUAAGGAUUUGUUCCCGAACUGUGUUUUUGAGGAAGGAGCGAAUGACUCCCUUUUUUUGGACACUUGCAGCGAUCGUACUUUUAAUGCCGCGGCUGUUCAGGCGGAGGGGGAGGAGCAGCCGCCCUUGUGCAGAAAUGACAGCUUGUCUGGGAGUAGCGCAAGUGGAAGUGGCGGAAGCAGCGGAAGCAGCGGUGGCACUGCGCCCAGCGAUCAGCGCGGGAUCAAAGGAAGUACGAACAAGCUGAAGCGAAGCAACAGCCACAGAAGUGACCUCCACAACGGGAGAGACCCCCACAACGGGAGAGACCUCCACAACGGGAGAGACCUCCACAACGGGAGAGACCACCGCAAUGGGAAGAAAAUAAAAAUAGCCCUGUGCCACUACGACGUAGGCGUCGAAAAUUGCAACGAUUGCCACAACAGCCUAAAGAAAGAGCCGUUCAGCCUGUUCGAUUAUAUUUACAACAGCAAAAUGAUGAAGGAAUACAAAAACGUCGAGCAGUUAUUCUCCAGAAAAAACUUUACUCUACUUUUUAACAUGUUUAACAAUAUGAAUUAUCCAUUCCAUGGAAAUAAAAAAAAAUUAGUAAAAAUGAACGACUGUUUGUACCACACAUACCAUUUAAUAGGCAUUAAAAAAAUUGCAGGCACUGGGUAUAGCUUCACCUACAAAAACGAGUUAAAUGACAGUUAUUACAAAGUCCUGAAAACGAAAAUUUGUAACAUUCUGUCCGUGCAAGACAUUUAUUUUUUGUUUAACCGAUUUUUUUAUUUCUUGUUUGUUUAUAUCAAAUCGCACUGCUGCUUUGGGGGGAAAACUGACUGCGAUUUUGUCACUGCCGGAGAGGUGCAGCCCCGGUCAGCGCAGUCAUCGCAGUCAUCGCAGUCAUCGCAGUCACCGCAGCCAUCACAAGCAUCGAAGGUCUGUCCCUGUAACAAGGCCAACUGCUGUUACAAAAUUAAGACCAUUGUGCUAUUAGGAAACGUCUAG